CCCCUUACAGAGCGUAAAAGGCUGCCAUCAGCUUCGGCUGUACUCCGUUCGACGUGCUGUUAAUCAGUUUAUUCUGUAUGGUUUUUUUUUGUGAAGCGGUUUUCCGGGAACCUGUUUUUGUUGGUCUCUCGUGUCCUUACGGACCUGUAUUCUGACGGACGCGGCAGAAGGCGCGCGUUCUCAGCCUGCCGGCAUUUCUGUGUCUGUGGUAUUAUUGUUGUCGCCGCUGACAGUAAAUCUCGCAGUUCUGUUAUUUCAUCAGAGCGAAGUGCGCCGCGCUCAUGGCCGGAGUUCCGCCCGACUCAUGGCAGCCGCCCACCGUCUCGCUGGAGAGCACGAUGGGCACGCUGGUGCUGGAGCUCUACUGGAAACACGCCCCCAGGACGUGUAAGAACUUUGCGGAACUCGCGCGCCGCGGCUACUACAACAACACCAAGUUCCACCGCAUCAUCAAGGACUUCAUGGUGCAGGGCGGCGACCCCACGGGGACAGGUCGCGGCGGCGCCUCCAUAUACGGCAAACAGUUUGAAGACGAGCUGCAUCCCGAGCUCAAGUUCACAGGAGCCGGCAUCCUGGCCAUGGCAAACGCGGGUCCCGACACCAACGGCAGCCAGUUCUUCCUGACGCUGGCGCCCACGCAGUGGCUCGACGGAAAGCACAGCAUCUUCGGCAGGGUGUGUCAGGGCAUGGGCGUCCUCAACCGCAUCGGCAUGGUGGAGACGAACGCGCAGGACCGGCCCGUGGAAGACAUCAAGAUCUUGCGCACCUCUCUGCCCAGCUGAGGGCCUCUGGCGCGUCUGGCCGCGUGCGUCUCUAAUAAAGGAACCUUCCA